AUGAGGAUGGUCGCUGCCUUAGCAGCGGUUGCAUUUGCCGCCGAUGAAGAGCCGCAGCCAACCCCACUUUCCUUCUUUUUCACCAACCCCACAACAAUAAGGCCCACAACCCUCAGAUACGACCCAUACCGGUACUUUAGUGGCCUUGUCCCCAGACCCGCCAACGUUGAUGCCUCGGGUCGUUACGAUCCUGGUAAAUACGACCCUGCCAAAUACGACGCCGGUCGUUACAACGCGGGUAAAUACGACCCCGGUAAAUACGACCCCGGCAAAUACGACAAAUCUGGACGUUGGAUUCCUGAUGGCUCUGGCCGUUACGAUGGUGACCGCGGAGACCGCGGUGGUGCGGGAGGUUUCUACACCGGUUCCUCAGACAAGGGAGGUCCCGGAGGCCCAGGAGGCCCAGGCAGCGGCUACAUCGGCGAAAGGGAACCUAGCGUACAAGUGGCCACCGGAGUACCAGUGACCACCGCAGUACCAGUCACCACCGCAGUACCAGUCACCACCGCAGUACCAGUCACCAAUGUAGUACCUGUCACGACCGCAGUACCUGUCACUACCCCUGUACCUGUCACUACCGCUGAGCCUGUAACUAUUGCAGUUCCCGUCUCUACCGCUGCACCCGACACCACUGUCAGACCUGUCGUAAUCAUUUCCUCCACUCCUCAAUACGUCAGCUCUACCCCAAUCUACAUCAAGCCCACCCCUAUCUACUACCCAGUUGAUCCCAAAGUGAACACCUACGACUACAAAUACGGUAUCAUCCGUUUCGAAAAGGAACAACAACCUGAUGGUUACCACUACCUCUAUGAAACUGAGAACAAAAUCCUCGCCGAAGAAUCCGGUAGAAUCGAAAAGAUUGAUAAUGAGCGUGAUGGUAUGAGAGCAAGGGGAUUCUUUGAGUACGUCGGUAUUGAUGGUAUCAAGUACAGAGUAGACUACACAGCUGACGAACGUGGUUUCUUGCCUGAAGGUGCUCAUUUACCAAAGGGGCUAAUAGUUUAAUUUUUUUAUUAAAUAAGUGAGAGCCAAUGGACAUAGAGUAAUGCAUCAUAGUUAUACCACAGGUAACCUAUAAUUCGCGCAGUUUUAUAAAUUAUCUCGUGUCGUUUAUUGAGAACUUGUGGAUUCAACAACGAUUCAGCGCUCAGUGUACAUUGGCCCUUAUGGAUACUCAUUGUUAUAACUUUAUGAAAUGUUUAUUUUAUGUUAUUACUUCUAUAAGCUUUAUAAAGUUAUAUA